AUGGCUUCAUUCAUACAAGCAAUCCUCGACUGGCUACGGAGCCUUUUUUUCAAGACCGAGAUGGAGUUAACCUUGGUAGGUCUCCAAAACAGCGGUAAAACAACUCUCGUCAAUGUCAUUGCGUCGGGUCAAUUUAUGGAAGAUUCGAUACCAACGGUCGGCUUCAAUAUGCGCAAAGUUACCAAGGGUAACGUGACAAUGAAACUUUGGGAUAUUGGUGGCCAGCCACGAUUCCGGAGCAUGUGGGAGCGUUACUGCCGUGGAGUCAAUGCUAUUGUCUUUGUGGUGGAUGCAGCCGACCAUGACAAGAUCCAAGCAGCAUAUACAGAGCUCAAGAACUUGCUAGACAAACCACAGCUGGCCAACAUUCCUGUGCUUGUACUUGGAAACAAGAAUGAUCUACAGAACGCGUUGACCGCUGAGGAACUCAUUGAUGCUUUGCACCUGAAAUCCAUCACCAACAGGGAGGUGUCGUGUUAUUCAAUCUCGGCCAAAAAUCAAGUUAAUAUCGAUGUGACAUUACAAUGGCUUAUCAAGAAGGGCAAGGGCCAAAAGUAA